CUGUCACCUCACGAGAUCUGCUUCGAGGCCCUGCUCUCGCAGCUGGACCCAGUCGAGACCCCGGACAGUACCGUCGACGUCUUCGCUCGCUCUGCGUCGCUUUAUAAUUACGAAUCGUGCUCGCCGUUAUUCUUCACCAUGACCAAACAAGAAAUCCAGUAUCCCGCCGCCUACCUCCAGUCGGAAACGGAGCGUAUUCUAUCAUUUCGGGCUCACUAUCAAGUCUCCUCCACAAUGAAUCCUUGGGAAUCAUGCGCGUUGCAGUACCAAUACCCCGAUGAGUCGGACCAGACCUCACGUGGAAAGACAACGGCGAGGCGUCAACAAAAUGCCGCCGCCGAUCCCGUCAUGUACCCUGGGCUCUACUGCCCCAGCGGCUUCGACAUGAUGAGCAUUCUCCUCCGCGUUGCCGGCAGACCUAACCCCAAGGUUUCACUCGGUGCCAUCGACUGCUCCGUCGCCCUCAUUCUUUGCGAUCUCGAGCAACCAGACACCCCCAUCGUCUACGCCUCCGAGCACUUCAGCAUUCUGACCGGUUACUCCAACAAGGAGAUCAUGGGCAAGAACUGCCGAUUCCUACAGGCACCCGGCGGCAAGGUCCGACAGAAGUCCGCACGCAAGAACGUCGACAAGGACACCAUCAAGCAGAUGAAGCGAGCCGUUGAGACCAACGAUGAGUUCCAAACGGAGGUUCUCAACUUCAAGAAGGACGGAACUCCCUUCGUCAACAUCCUCACCAUGAUCCCGGUGCACUGGGACUCGCCAGGCUUCCGCUACUCCGUCGGCUUCCAGGUGGAGCGGGAGGACUAA